AUGCCAGAGAAAAAAAAAGAUUUUUUUAUUUUUGAAAAAUGGUGUUACAUUAGUAAACAAAAAGACAAAAAAAAUAAACAAAGGAAAAACAGACUCCGAAAAUGGAAAUAUAUAUGUAGACAGAUUUACUCGGGGAAACUAUGUUCCUUAAAAUUCCGAUUAAAAAAAAAUGUAGAUUUAAAGAAGAGCAUAAAAACUAUAAGGGAUAGCAUAUAUAAUUUAAGAAUAAAAAAAAUGAGUGUGAAUGAUAGUGAUAAUAAUAUCCUUUACGAUGAUAAAAACAUAACUUCUGAAGAUGAAAAUAUGAAUCCAUUAAAAAAUUCAGUUGAAAACAGAAAUAUUAUGUUAUUGUUUUCAAAGCAGUCAAAUGGUAAUUAUAUAAAAAAUAAAUAUUAUGAUGAUAGAAUAUCCUCUACGAAUUCAACAUGCGCAUCAUCAAUAUGUUAUGAUGAAUACGUAUACAAAAAUAGCAAUAAAAAAAACAGUGAUAAUGACAAUAAUAAUAGAAAUGUUAUGAGAAAACCGAAUAAAUCUUUUCCAAACAUCAAUAAAAUAAAUAUUGAUUUCUUAAACCAAAUACACUAUAGUAGAAUAGUUGAAACUCAUUCGCUAUUUACUUUUUUUUAUACAAAGUUAAAGCGUAAAGACAAAGAAUAUUAUAAAAAUAAAAAUAUGAUGCAUAAAAAAAACGCUUUAUAUGUGAAUAAAUUAAAUAAAGAAAACAAUCCCGAACUUAAUAAUCAAUAUAUUCCUAAAAAUCAGGAACAAAUUUAUAAUGAUAUAAAAUGCAAACCAACCAAAGCCCCUCCACCUUAUAAAUGUUACAACAAGGAUAAUCAAAAUAAUGAAAACAAUUAUAAUAAUAUUAAUGGGAAUAAAAAUAAUUUUCAUAAUAAUACUAAUGGGAAUAAAAAUAAUUUUCAUAAUAAUAUUUAUGCUAAUCCUAAUGAAAAAUAUUCAUUAGAGAAUGAAGGACAGAACCACGAUCCUAAUCAUUUAAAUAAUAAUGUUUCUAUGGAGAAUGCUAAUAAACAAGAACAUGAAAAUAAAAAUAAUGAGGAAAAUGCUGAAAUGAAUGAGGAACGAUUUUUAGACGAAUUUGAUGAUUUCGAUAUCAAUGAAGAGUUCAAGGAAAAAACAUAUUACACAGAUCGAUGUAUGUUGGACAGAAAAGAAAAAAGAGUUUCAAUAUUGGAUAAAUUAAAUAUAAAUUUGGAUGAUAAAAAAAAGGUUGCUAAUAAUGAAGAAUUAAAUCAUAUAAAUUCACCUAGUAAUAGGAAAAAGAAAAUAGCAAAAAAAUUAAGUCUAAAUUCCCAAAUGCUAAUUAAUAACCCCGCAACUGUUAAUGUAAAUGAGGAAGAAGCAGAUAUUAAUAUAAACGAAAAUAAUGAAUAUAUUAAUAAUUUGAAGGAUAAUUACACAAGUGAUAUAAAUAUAGUAAAACAUAACGUGAUGAUUACAAAUAAUACAAGCAUUAAUAGUAAAAUGGCACAUUUGAAAAAAAAUAAUAAAAUGCAUCCUCCGAAAAAAUGUGUAAAUAAUAACAUCGUUAAGGAAGGAAUUCAAAUGAAUUGUGAUAGAGGAAAAGUAAAUGAUCCCAUUGUGGAUAAUAAUAUGAAUAAAAAAAAAAUUUGCAAAAUAAAUUAUGACAUGAAUAAAAAAAUGAGUCAUGAUACAAGCAGUAAAAUAGAGUAUAAUAUGAAUAGGCAACCGGGGCAUAAUGUAAAUAACCCAAUGGAAUACAACAUGAAUAACCCAAUGGAAUACAACAUGAAUAACCCAAUGGAAUACAACAUGAAUAACCCAAUGGAAUACAACAUGAAUAACCCAAUGGAAUACAACAUGAAUAACCCAAUGGAAUACAACAUGAAUAAUCCAAUGGAAUACAACAUGAAUAAUCCAAUGGAAUACAACAUGAAUAACCCGAUGGGAUAUAACAUGAACAAUCCGAUGGAAUACAAUAUGAACAAUCCUAUGGGAUAUAACAUGAAUAACCCAAUGGGAUAUAACAUGAAUAACCCAAUGGGAUAUAACAUGAACAAUCCGAUGGGAUAUAACAUGAACAAUCCGAUGGGACAAAACAUGAGUAAUCAAAUUGAUCUUAUUAAUAAUUAUACGGGAAAUAUGAAUAGUGGCAACUUUAACGUUCCUAUGGUGAAUCCAUUAUGGAAUGAACAUGAGUACCCAAUGCACAGUACCAUUCAAGGUGACAUCUCUAACAUGAACAACAACAUGAAUAAUGUGAAUCAAAUAAGACAAGGGAAUAACCAGAUGGUUCCAUAUAGUCAAAAUGAGUGCAGAAAUGUAAAAAUGAAUAACAAAAAUUUAGUAUUAUAUAAUAAUGAUAAUAUAAAAUAUGACGAAGAUUUUACGUUAAAUUAUAUUCUUCAGAAAUAUGAGGAUGAUGACCAUUUUUUUUCAAACAAUAAUAGUAAUUAUGAAGAAAAUAUAGAUGACAAAAAAACUGAAUUAGAAAAAUACACAGAGGGAAUGAAUAAAUUAGUGGAACAAAUGUAUUUUUAUGAUAAUUAUCAUGAAGAAUUAAAAAUUUGCGACAAAGAUGAGAUUCCAUCCAGUAAUACUUACAAUAUUAUUGAUACUUCUUUAAAUUUAAAUGUGGUUGAUGAAAAUGAUGAAGAAGACAAAGAAAAUAAAGAAAUAAUUUCUCAAAUGAAACAAAAAAUAAUUAAUUUAGAAGAAAAAUUAGAGGAAUUAAAAAAUAAAAAAAACGAACCUGAAAGUAAUUUAAAGGAAUUAAAUAAUAAAAAACAGGGUGUAGAGUCACAAAAUAAUAAAAUAAUAAAUGAAUUAAAAAAGGAAAUCGAAAAUAUUAAGAAAAAACGACGAAAAAAAAAACAAAAAAAAAAAAAAGGGAAAGAAAAGAAGAAACAAGCAGAAGAGAAUAAAGAACAAAAAGACUUAAACGAGGACAAAAAUGAUAAGGAAAUCCAAGAACCAGAGAAAGACGAAAAUGAAGAAGUCAAAAAUUUUAACAUAGAUGAUAUCAUAGACACUGAUAAUUUAAAUAAUUUAAAAAAUGAAAUAAUGAAUAAUGUUUACUAUUAUAUAUACGAAUCAUAUGAUCAAAAAGAUUAUGACAUUUUAGAAAACUUAGCAAAAAAACAUGAAAUAAAAGGAAGAAAAAUAUGCUAUAAUGUAAAUUUGCCAAAAUAUGACUUUAAAAAUAAAAGGACAUCAAGUCUAUGGUUUUUAAAUCCAGCAUAUGAAAAUUAUGUUCUUGAAAAAAAAAAAACACAACAAAUCGACAACUUAUCUUCUGGGCCCUAUGAAAAAUUAGAAUUUUUAUUUAAUUCAAAUGAUAUGAUAAAUUUUAAUGAAAAUGGCGGUGAAAAUAAAAGUGUGAUGAAUUCUGAUAUUAGAGACAGUGAAUUUUCGUAUGAAACUUUUAUAAGUGAAAAAAAAAAAAAAUUAAAAAAAAAUAAGAUCAAUUUAUUAAAAAUGAAAAAUAGUUUAACGCUACAAAAAAAAAGUGAAAAUAAUAUUCUAAACAAAAAUUCAAUGAAUAACUUAAAUAAAUAUACAUUAGAAGAUGCAAGUAAACAGGUUAUAAAAAAGGAAGAAGAUCCGCCUCAGGUAGAAGACGUAAAUCAAGAGGGAAAAUAUAUGGUAAACGAUUUAUUAGAUACUAUAAAUAACUAUGUUCCGGAUAAAUCUAUAUUUGACAUUUUUAGUGCACCACUUAAUGAUGUUAAAGGAAAAGAGGAAAUAGAACCAGGUGAAACGAAUGAAAACGAAAAAGGAAAUGAUGAGAAAAAAGUGGUAAAUAAUGAAAAAGACGUUGAUGAUAUAUUUAAAGAAGUAGAAGCUAAAAUGAAUAAUAAAAUUAUGAAAGAAAUUGAAGAAAAAAAAAGAGAAAGGGAGUUGUUAGAUCUAGAAAUAGAAAACAAAAAAAAAAAAAAAGAGUUAGAAGAAUUAGAACUACAAUUAAUGGAAAAUAAAAGAAAAAGUUUGUUGGCAAGUAAAAAUAUUAAUGAAAUAGAAAGCGAAAUGAAAUUGAAUAAAAGCGAAAAGGGUGAAGAAAAUAGAGAGGAAGAUAUAAAAAUCGAUAAACAGCCAUAUGAAAAAGAAGAUGAAAUUGUUUUUUUGAAUAAAAAGGAGAAUAAAGUUACUGAAGAAGCACCAAAUGAACAAAUCGUGGAAGAAAAUAAAAAUGAGAAAAAUGAACAAAUCAUGGAAGAAAAUAAAAAUGAUAAAAAUGACCAAAUCGUGGAAGAAAAUAAAAAUGAACAGGUGGGAGUAAAAAAUAAUAGAAAGUCUAGUGAUGUAAACAUUGCAAAUGAUCUUCUGAAUGAUUAUGUAAAACAUCAAAAAAAGAAAGAAAGAAAAAAAAAUAAUUGGGCAUUAUAUGGUAGACCUAAAGUAAAUAAAGAACGAAAUAGAAUAUUGAAACGAUUGUCUUCAUCAAAAAGCGAUGGUGGAUUUAACGAUUAUACAUAUAUGGCUGAGAGAUUUUUUGAAAUUGUUACAGGAUAUACUAGUGAUCAAGACAUAGCAUAUGAUGAUAAUAAAGAAAAGGAUGAUGUAAAUAACGAAAAUGAAAGAAAUGAAGAACGAAAAAAAAAAAUGUUUAAUAUUAGAAUAAGAAUGAAAGAAAAUGUUUAUAAAAAUGAUGCAUUUUAUAAAUUAGGAAGGCCAAAAUAUAUGAAAAAUAAUAUAUAUCAUAGAUCUAAAUCAAUUACCCACAAUACUAUAUUAAAAAAAAAUAGUAUAAAAAACAAAAAAGGAAAAAAUUUACUUUUGAAAAGGUCUAAAUCUAAAAAUACGAUUUCCAAAUCUUGCCAACCUAAUACCGAAAUUAUAGAAAAGACUAAAAUAAAGUUAAAGGAAAAAUUAAAGGAAAAUGAAAUAGAGAAUAAUUCGUUUUUUAACAAUUUAAUUAGUAAAAAUAUUGAUAAUAUAAAGCAAAUAAAUAUUGCAAAUGAGUUAAUAAAAAGUAUAAAUAUGGAUACCUAUUUACCCGAUGAUAAUAAGAAGGAAAAUUUCGAUUUGAUACAUAAAAGAAAACUAAUAUAUGAGGAUUUAAAAAAAACAAAUGUUGAUUUAAAUUUGAAAGACCACAAAAAAUUAAAUAGUGAAAAGAAAUACUAUCUAAAAGAUUUGAAUAAAGGAAAAGAACAGACAACUAGACUAUGGGAGUAUAAGGAAGAAGUUGCAGAGAAAGUGAAAAAUGGCGAAGUCGAGAGGAUAAUGAGGCUAAAAGAAGAGAAAGAACUCGAGGAAAUGAAGAGAAUAGAGAAAGAAAAGAUGUUAGAAGAAGAGAGAAGGAUACAGGAAGAAAGGAAAUUAGAGGAACUGAAAAUGUUAGAAGAAAUGAUGAGGAUAGAGGAAAUGAAGAGGUUGGAAGAGGAAAAAAGGGUAGAAGAAAUGAAAAGAUUAGAAGAGGAAAAAAGGAUAGAAGAAAUGAAAAGAUUAGAAGAGGAAAAAAGGGUAGAAGAAAUGAAAAGAUUAGAAGAGGAAAAAAGGGUAGAAGAAAUGAAAAAAUUAGAAGAGGAAAAAAUGAUAGAGGAAAUGAAAAUGUUAGAAGAAAUGAUGAGAAUAGAGGAAAUGAAGAGGUUAGAAGAGGAAAGGGUAGAAGAAAUGAAAAAAUUAGAAGAGGAAAAAAUGAUAGAGGAAAUGAAAAUGUUAGAAGAAAUGAUGAGAAUAGAGGAAAUGAAGAGGUUAGAAGAGGAAAGGAUAGAAGAAAUGAAGAGGUUAGAAGAGGAAAAAAGGAUAGAAGAAAUGAAGAGAUUAGAAGAGGAAAAAAGGAUAGAGGAACUGAAAAUGUUAGAAGAAAUGAUGAAGAUAGAGGAAAUGAAGAGGUUAGAAGAGGAAAAAAGGGUAGAAGAAAUGAAGAGAUUAGAAGAGGAGAACAAAUCGAGAAUGGAUGAAUGGAAAAAACACCAAAAUAAAAUAGAGCAAUUAAAAAGAUAUGAAGAAGCAAAAAAAUUAAAAGAACUAAAAAUGAUACAAUCGGCAAAAGGAUUAAUGGAACUAAACAUACUUCAAGGUGCAAAAAAUUUAGAAAAUAAAAUGAAAAUAGAAAAAGAAGAUGUGGAAAAUAACAAUGAAAUCAAUAAGAUAGAAGAAGAUAGUGGUGUAAGAGAAAAUAUAUUUAGUAAUGUGUUAGAAAAAAUAUAUAAAAAUACAGCUACUCCUUUAUUAAAUCAUAUAAAGGGUAACAAAACUGAAGAAAGCGAAAAAGGGAAAGCAAAUUUAUUAUACAUAGUGGAAACAAAGGUAGAAAGAAAGGAUGAUGAAGAAGUGAAAUUAAAUGAAAUAAAAAAUGAGAAUGAUCAACAAAAUGGUAAAGAUAAAAAAAUACCAAAUAUAUCGUGUAUUGAAAAUUAUGAAAUAUUUGAUAAAAUGGAAAAAGACCGAAAACGAAUAUUUCGAGAAAAAAAAGGGAACAAUAGAAUCACUACAAAUAAAAUAGGUAAUCGUACAUUAUUAAACAAUGCGUAUGUAAAUAAUUCUUUGAUAAUAAAUAAUUUAAUAAAUAAAAGUAAAGAAGACAAAAAUAUAACAGAAGGAGAUGAAAUUUCAAACAAAGAAUUAUAUAGAGUGUCAAAAAAAACAGUAGAAGAUACAGGUGUUAAUAUAUUAGGAGAGGAAAAAAAGCGAAUGCUAUUAAAAAUAAGAAAUAAAAAUUUAAAAUAUAAUAGUUUAAAGGAAGAAAAUAUUCGUGAUUUAAUUGAAAUGGGGCUAACUCAUAGUAUAUCUAUGGAUGAUAAAAUCGAUGAUUUAUAUGAAACAAAAAUUGAUGAAUAUGAUGAUAUAUUUAUAUCUGGAACUGAAGAAUCAUUUUUAAAAAUUGAAGAUAAUGAUAAUAAUGAUUUUGAGGAGUUUAAAACACAUGUUUAUAAAGAGUCUUAUCGAAAAGGUGUAUUAAGUGAUAAGGAAGAUGUUAGAAAAUAUUUAAAAAAUAAAUAUGAAGGAUCAAGUUUUAAGAGUGAUAAUAUAUAUAACGAAAACAUUAUAAUGGAAUCUGAUGAAAUAAAAAAUGUAAUUAAAGAUAACUAUAGUAAUAAUAAUGAUAUAUAUGGAAAGAGUAUAAGUGUUGAUAUAGAUUUAAAUAGUGUAUUAAACAGUUUUAAGUUAAAAGAUGAAUUAAAAGAAUAUGAAAAAGAAAUAAUAAAUAAUAAGAGUUAUGGAGAUAUUGAUAAUAAAGAAGAUUAUAUUUCAAAAAAUAGUGAAGAUUUUUAUUUUAAUUUUGAAAGAGAAAAUAUGGAACAUAAAAAAAAAAAAAAAAAAAAUCAUAAUAGUAGUAAUAAUAAAUAUGAUCAUAUGAGGUUGAAUAAAUUAAAUGAAAAUAAUAGUGAACUGUUUAGUGAUAAUUCUAUAAAAAUUAGACAAUUUAAUACAUAUGAUUCAUCUGGAAGUUAUACAUUUAAUUUUAAUAAGAAAAGUGAAGAAGAUGAUCCAUAUAUUAAUUAUUCUUUUGAGAAAUUGUUAAGUCAAAAUGGGUCAUAUAAGGAUGGUGAAAGUGAUAAUUAUGGAAUAAAUUUGAGGAAAUAUCAAAGUCAAAAUAUGAGUAAUGAAAGAGAUGAUGUACUUAGGAAUACUAUAAAUCAAUUAAACAAAUUAAAGAAAACAAUAAAAACUGUUGAAACAGGUAAUUAUUAUAAUACUGAAAUGGAUGAACAAAAUAUAUCUAAUAUAUAUACAGAUGAUUUAAAACAAGAGGAUGAUUUUUCUUCUUAUUCUUAUCUAUCUCCAAGGAAAGUAUUUAAUAAAAGUCGAGGGAAAUAUUAUGCAAAUCAUUAUUCUCGCUAUUACAGUUAA